AUGGUUAACUCUCUCAAGCACAAACCUGAAGGCAAACCAAGUGCUGCAUCUGCCAUAAAAAGACCGAGGCGAUCUGAAGUGAACUACUGUCCCCCCUUUCCUACUGGAGAAUCUGAGGAAAGCCUUGAGAGCGUUAGAGUGGCUCUUCUUUUAGAUGUUAAGAGGAGGAACAACAGGGAGGUAGUCAGGAUGAAAAUGGAAAAGACAUUUGCAUAUAGGAGACAUGAAGUGGUCCGUGAUACACCUAUGAUAGAAGACUUCCAGGCGAGAUGGCCAGGACUUUUUGAAGUGAGCGAGAUCAAUGCCGAAUUUAAGCGCAUUACCACCAUGCCUCUACAAUCCAGAUUUCUUUCGCAGCUAGAUGUCCUUUCUGACAAACUCCUGAAGCUAUUUGGGAAAAGAGGAGGCCAAAUUGGACGAAAACUGAAAAGCAUUAUGGACCCCAUAUCUGCAGAGAAUGAUGUUGAUCUUGCAAGAGAGUGUGUUCUCAAGGGACUGUGUGUGUACCUCAAUGAGGACCCCCAAAAUCUGGUUAGAGAGUACAUGGUAGAAGACAAAGAUGUCAUCCAAAGGGCUAUAGAGGAGACCACUGUUGGAAUAUGUGUCAUCAAAGGACUACAUGCCUGUGAUACCCCAGAGGACAUUGCUAUUGUUCUUGAAGGCCAAACAGUAUUACAAGAUCUGGAUAAUGUUGCAUUAGCCACUGCUAUGUUGUUUGGCCUGAUGUAUGUGUUGAACUUGAACUACCCUUCUGAGCUGAAGUAUACGUUCGAAGUUCUGCAGAAAGUUGUCAUGGAGCUCGAGGGAAACGCACUCUCCAACAAAGCCCAAACUCUCAAAAACAGACUCUUUCAGUGA